CAGAGCUUUCCGUGGUUUAGCAAACUUGAAACAACUGACAUUGAGAGGAAAUAAUUUGGGAUUCAUUUCGUCACAACUAUUUAAUUCUUUAGUAUCACUCGAACGACUCACACUUUCAGGCAAUCAAAUUAAAGAAAUUUAUUCAGAUAGCUUCUUACCUUUAAGUAAUAUUAAAUUUAUUGACUUAAGUAACAAUAAGUUGAGUUUACUUUCAAGUUCAACUUUUGGAAACAAAGAAAACUUGGAAAAUGUAAUCUUAGAUAACAACAGCAUUGAAGCUGUUGAUCGAAGUUUCCUUCAAACAUGGCCAAGUUCAUCAUUUUUAAGUAUUCUUAAUAACAUCUGCAUCGAUAUGCAUUUUGAAGAAUACUUUGGUAGUGAAACUCUUCCAAUGGAACAAGCUGAAAAUUAUUUUGCAACAUGUUUUGAAAACCAUGAUAAGCUUCUUGAGGUCAUGAAUGUCGAAGUUGCCAAUGACGGAGAUAAUGAAAAUGCCCAAGAAUCUGAAGGUGAUGGAGAAAUUGCCAGUGAUGAUGAUAAUCAGAAUGUUCAAGAAAUUGAAGGUGAUGUAUUUAAAAUAACUCUUGGAACAAACCCCACAGAUGAAGUCGAAUUUGAUGACGCAACAAACUCACAAGCUGCAGGUAAUGAAGAAGAAAAUGAUGAAAGUCCUAAGGCUGAUGAAGGAAUUGAUCAUCAAUCAAAUGAUGACUCACCUGAUCAAAACGUUCCUAUUGAAUCAUCCGAUAGUUCAAAUAAAAAUGUUGAUGAAACAGAUAUGACAAACAAUGGCUUUAUUAGUAAUGACGAAGCAACACAAAAUGAGUCAGAAAGCAUUGAUGUUGAUUUCGAGGCUGGAGAAACAAUAACCUCAGAUACAGAAGGUGUUCCUAAUGAUCCAACAGAUCCCAAAAAUGAGAACGAAUCAGCAACGGACACAAACCAAGGGAACACUGACGUCUUCUCUCGAAUCGCUGACAUCAUUUUUGGCAAUGAUGAGAAUAAUGAAAAUCUUCAAAACGGCAGUGACGAAGCUGAAGGAACUGGUAGUGGAAAUUUAGAUAAUGCAGAUGUCGAACAGCCAGCAGUGGAUGCCGCUGGAGAUGCAAUCAUUGUGGAUGAAGAACAAGGCGAGAAUGCUGAUGAUGAACAGCCAGCAGUUGAAGUUGCUGGAGGUACUGUCAUUGCAGAUGGAGAACAAAGUGAGAAUCCAGGUCACGCAGUUGUCUUGGCUGAAGAAGAAGAACAGAAUGAAUUUGGACUUGAUGAAUUUGAAAAUCCUAUCGGUGCUGAAAAAGGAGCUGACAUUGACACGGAAUUAAUUGACACUUUUGCAUCGUUAUUCAAUAAUGACAAUAAUGACAAGAACCAACAGGAAGGAGAAGCUGAAAAUGUAGAAGACGAUCAAGCAAUGUUAGAUGAAGUGCUUGAUAAAAUAUUCAGUGAAAACAAUGAGCAAAGAACUGAUGGAGAGGAAGCAGUUAAAAAUGAAGCUGAAGGUAAUGUCGAUGAGGUGGCUAAAGAAGCUGACACGAUUGUCAACAAUGAUGGUGACGUUUCAUCUCCGUACGAACAAGCGAACGCUCGUUUCUAUCUAAGUGGACAGGAAAUUUAUUCUUGCGUUGUUUAUGACGCUAAAAGUACUUUGAAAUACAUAACCGGCGAGCACAUCGAAGGAUUCACCGAUGAACAUGUUGAAGCUUUGUUCUUCCGUAAUUCAAGAUUCAUGCACAGCAUUCCUGGUGUCAUCUUUGAAAGAUUUCCAAACUUAAAAACACUUUCAGCUGAAAACUCUGAGAUUAAAAUCGCUGAUCCCGAACUAUUAGAAACGUGUGGAAUGUUGGUGAAUAUCGACUUGAGCAACAAUAAAAUUCGUCGAAUUAGCAAAGAAGCGUUCAGUCAUUGUUCGCAAUUGGAGCAUUUGAUAUUAACCGGCAAUGAAAUUGAACACUUGGACACUGAAAUAUUCCAAACUAAUCCAAAAUUAAGUGUAACAAUCGGACAUUUGAGACUCGUCUCAAGUUCAACUCCAAGUUCAUAGAUUACGAUAACAUUUUUUACACAGAAUUUCAAGUUUUCUUCAUAUAAGUUUCUCUGUAAUCUUAAAGUUAAUCAAGUUACAAAUUUUAUGCAUGAAAAACUCGCAAAAAUUUUGAAUGAAAAAUUUUAUUCUUAAUUUCUGACACAGGAAACAAUAAAAAAAAUAAUUAAAUACUUAAUCAUAAAAAACGAAUAAAGAUUAAAUAAUUUUUUUAUGAAUGGCGAAUAUUUUAUAAAGUUUUAAUGACAAUUUUUCUUCUCGCUUAAAUCUUUGAUAAUGUUAAGAAAAUUCAAGUUUUCUCUUUCUAAUGAAGCAAUUCUCAGUCGACAAUCGGUGAUAAGAUUGAGAUUGAGAGGUUGAAAAAGUGUUUCAGUUGUCUGUUCAGGUGGUUCAUUUGGAUCAGAACAUUGAACUUUCACUUUCAUCAACAGUCUUACGACGUCCAUUCUGUUGUCAACAACUUGACUAUCAAUACAUUUCACUUCAUUUAACUGAAGGGUUUUUAACUUUAGUAGUGAAUCAAAUGUUUUUUGUCCGAAGGUCUCCAACUCCCGGCACCGUCUGAAUGAAAUAACUUCCAAAUGUGGCGUGUGAAUAAAAUAUUUGGCAUCAACUUUCUUGAACUUGCUGUAUGCGAAAUCGAGCGCUCGUAAAUUUUUGUACUCUAUCAAAUCGUCUUUGAACAAAUAUUGGAUUUUAGCAUGAGGCAUACUUAAACUUUUCAGAUCUGGAAAAAAGUUUGUGAUUCCUUUAGGGAUGACUUCACAUGUUUGUCCUCGGAUAUAAAGUUGUUGAACUUCUACAUUUCCACCUUUUAUCAAAUGAACUCCAUUCACUGACGUGACUGUUCUAUUGUGUAGGGUGGUUCCAAAAUUAUACGACUGGCAUGUGUAAUAUUCGUCAAAAAAAGAAUAUUGAAAGUCAAGAAAAUGACAAUUCAAUUCCAAACAGUCAAUCACGUUUACGACACUCACAGCGAACAGUAUUGUUGCCCAAAACCUGUUAGACUUCAUCGUUUGAAUCAUGAAAUAAGACU